GCGCGACGCUCCGUGUCUCGGCUGUCAGCGGGCAGCAUCCGUCCGCCGCACUCUGAUCAUCAGAGUGAGUGAGGGGCUGUACGGGGCAGCACGCCGCUACAGCGCCCCACGAGUGCUCCCUUCCCCGGUGUCGAGGCAGUGCCCUGUGAGUGUGCGGCUAACGGGUUUCUCCUAUAAAUGGGCUGUUUGACAAGGCGCGUCAUGUGACGGCUUAGAAAGAUGGCGCAGCUGCGGGUUUCAGGAUAAUCGGCACCCGCUGGAGCUCCGGCAGACGCAAGGAAGAUUUAUUUCCCAGUGACGGCGAAAUACAAGAAUUGCGGAAUAAGGGGAAGCGAGUCCACCGCGAAUGUAUAUGCAUCCGUAAAUGUAUACUAAAUAUACAUGUCUAAUGCAUAAGCCCACCGCCUGCGCGUGCACCGGGGUGGGGGGAGCCGAGUGCAGAAUGGAAAAACAAGACGGGAACUAAAUAAAAGGGACUGACACCUCCGGAGUGAAAGAAAGAAAGAACGAAAGAAAGAAAGAGAAAGAAGGCGUGAUUACACGAGGAUGCAGCAGAUCUGACAGACGUACGGAAUUUUCCCCCGCACGGCUGAUGACAGCGCUGCGAAUUGCAGAGAUGCGUUAGUUGGAGAGGCACCGAGGUCAGGACUGCCGGGAUAAACACCUUCGUAAUACUGUGGCGAUCGGCGGGCUGCCCGUCAAUGUUUCUUUAACGUGGCUCGGACAUUGACAGCGACACGGAUAAACUGUGCGGAUUGUGGAACUUUCCUAUUUUUGUUUUUCUUCCAUGAAAUCGGGUAAUUUACGGGUUGCUUCCUUGGGAAUUUUACCUGGAUCAUGUGGACACCGACAGAAGAGGAGAAAAUUGGUGUCGUGAUCUGCAAUUUCCGUGGGUCAGUUCCACAAGGAUUAAUUCUGGAGAUUGGAGAAACGGUGCACAUCCUGGAAAAAUGUGAAGGGUGGUACAGAGGAUUUUCUACCAGGAAGCCUGCUAUUAAGGGGAUCUUUCCAGCCAGCUAUGUUCACCUGAAGAAAGCCAUUGUCAGUAACAGAGGGCAGUACGAAACAGUGACCCCUCUAGAAGACCCCAUAGUGACCGAGGUGACCUCCACGCUGCAAGAAUGGGCCGUUUUAUGGAAACAGCUCUAUGUGAAGCACAAAGUAGAUCUUUUCUACAAGUUACGGCACGUAAUGAACGAACUGAUUGACCUUCGGAGACAACUCCUCUCUGGUCACCUGACUCAGGACCAAGUCCGAGAUGUCAAGAGGCACAUCACCGUCCGCUUGGAUUGGGGCAAUGAGCACCUAGGCUUGGACCUGGUUCCCAGGAAAGAGUUUGAAAUGGUGGAUGCAGAGCAGAUCAGUGUUUCUGACCUUUACAAAAUGCAUUUAUCCAGCAGACACAGCGUUCAGCAGAGCACCUCCCAGGGAGACAGCAUCCGCCAGCGCCAUGGAGAAACCUGCCGCAUUCCCAUCCCUCACCACCUCUUCCUCAAUCUGAAGAGCUUCACGUACAACUCAAUCGGGGAGGACACCGACAUUUUCUUCUCUCUUUAUGACAUGAGGGAAGGCAAACAAAUCAGUGAGCGGUUCAUGGUGAAGCUUAACAAAAAUGGUGGCCCAAAAAAUCCAGAGAAGAUAGACCGUCUAUGUGCUCUGUUCACGGACCUGAGCAGCAAGGACUUGAAAAGAGACCUGUACAUAGUUGCACAUAUAAUAAGGACAGGGCGAAUGUUGAUCAAUGACUCCAAGAAGGGGCCUCCACAUGUGCAGUACAGACGUCCAUACGGCUGCACAGUCCUGAGCAUGAAUGAUGUUCUUCAGUCCAUUUCCGAACUCAAGGAAGAGAAGGACUUUGUGCUUAAAGUCUACACUUGUAACAAUGAAAAUGAAUGGUAUCAAAUCCAUGAAAACAUCAUCCGUAAAUCAAGCACCAAGUACACAGCGCCCAGCACCAACUAUGGACUGAUAAUCUCCUUACAGCUUCUACGAGGUGAAAUGGAACAAAUCCGCAGGGAAAAUCCUAUGAUCUUCAACCGUGGGGUUGCGGUCACAAGGAAACUUGGGUUCCCUGAUGUCAUCAUGCCAGGUGAUAUUCGUAAUGACCUGUACCUGACCUUGGAGCGCGGAGACUUCGAGAGAGGAGGCAAGAGUGUGCAGAAGAACAUCGAGGUCACCAUUUAUGUCCUGUAUGCUGACGGAGAAAUAUUAAAGGACUGUAUAAGCCUUGGAUCAGGAGAACCCCAUGUGAGUGAACAUCGUUCUUUCGUCCUUUACCACAAUAACAGCCCACGCUGGGGUGAGAUCAUCAAGCUUCCCAUCCCUAUUGACCGCUUCAGAGGAUCACACCUGCGAUUUGAAUUCAGGCAUUGUUCUACAAAAGAUAAAGGAGAGAAGAAGCUGUUUGGCUUUGCAUUCACCCCACUGAUGAGGGAGGACGGCACCACGCUGUCUGAUGAAAGCCAUGAACUUUAUGUGUACAAGUGUGAUGAAAAUACUACUUUCAGCAAUCACGCCCUCUACCUGGGCCUGCCAUGCUGCAAGGAUGACUUCAAUGGCUGUCCCAACAUUCCCUCCAGCCUUAUCUUUCAGCGCAGUGCCAAAGAGACGCUUUGGAUUUCUACACAGCUGUCGUCCACAAAGCUCACUCAGAAUGUUGAUCUUUUGGCUCUCCUGAAGUGGAAGGCUCAUCCUGAUCGAGUGAUGGAUAUUUUGGGCAGACUAAGACACGUCAGUGGAGAAGAAAUAGUAAAAUUCUUGCAGGACAUUUUAGACACUCUGUUUUCCAUUUUGGAUGACAACACAGACAAAUAUGGACCUCUAGUGUUCCAGUCAUUGGUGUUUAUCAUAAAUCUUCUCCGGGACAGUAAGUACUAUCACUUUAGACCUGUCAUGGACACUUACAUCCUGAAGCAUUUUGCAGGCGCACUGGCUUACAAAGAGCUGAUCCGCUGUUUGAAGUGGUACAUGGACCGCUCAGCUGAAGUAAUUCGACAGGACCACAUCCAGGAGGCCAUGAGGGCACUUGAGUACUUAUUCAAGUUUAUUGUUCAGUCGAGGAUCCUUUACUCUCGGGCAACAUGUGGAAUGGAAGAGGAGCAGUUUCGCGCCAGCAUCCAGGAACUCUUUCAGUCCAUCCGCUUUGUGCUGAGUUUGGACAGUAGGAGUUCAGAGACGCUUAUAUUCACACAGGCAGCUCUACUCAACUCGUUUCCUGCAAUUUUUGAUGAGCUACUUCAGAUGUUCACUGUCCAAGAAGUGGCUGAGUUUGUCAGAGGAACGUUGGGGAGCAUGCCCAGUACGGUUCACAUUGGCCAGUCCAUGGAUGUGGUCAAACUACAGUCGAUUGCCCGAACUGUGGACAGUCGUCUCUUUUCAUUCCCAGAAUCCCGAAGGAUCCUCCUUCCUGUGGUCCUCCAUCACAUCCACCUCCACCUGCGCCAGCAGAAAGAGCUGCUUAUUUGCUCAGGAAUCCUUGGCAGUAUCUUCUCUAUCAUUAAGGCCAGCUCACUGGAUACAUCUGUGCAGGAAGAGGUAGAGAUGAUGGUGGAGAGCCUGCUGGAUGUCCUCCUCCAAACCCUUCUCACGAUAAUGAGUAAAUCCCAGUCUCAGGAGGCGGUAAGAGGUCAACGCUGCCCACAGUGCACGGCUGAGAUCACUGGUGAAUAUGUGUCCUGUCUCCUCUCACUGCUUCGCCAGAUGUCUGACAUCCAUUUUCAACAUCUGCUGGACAAUUUUCAGAGCAAAGAAGAACUGAAGGAAUUCCUAUUAAAGAUCUUCUGUGUGUUCAGGAAUCUGAUGAAGCUUAGUAUCUUUCCUCGAGAUUGGAUGGUAAUGCGACUCCUGACAAGCAAUAUUAUUGUCACCACUGUCCAGUAUCUCUCUCCAGCACUGCACAAGAAUUUCACAGAAAGUGAUUUUGACUUCAAGGUGUGGAACUCCUACUUCAGCCUGGCUGUUUUGUACAUUAACCAGCCAAGCCUACAGCUGGAGACUUUGACCCCUGCAAAAAGAAAGAAAAUUCUUGACAAGUAUGGCGAUAUGAGGGUGAUGAUGGCUUAUGAGCUGUUCAGUAUGUGGCAGAACCUAGCAGGGGAAAAUAAAAUCCACUUCAUUCCCGGGAUGAUUGGUCCUUUCCUUGGUGUCACACUUGUGCCACAGCAUGAAGUACGGAACAUCAUGAUCCCAAUUUUUCAUGACAUGAUGGACUGGGAGCAGAGGAAGAAUGGAAAUUUCAAACAAGUGGAGGCCGAAUUAAUUGAUAAAUUGGACAGUCUGGUGUCUGAGGGGAAGGGAGACGAAAACUACAGGGAGCUCUUCAGCCUGCUAACUCAGCUUUUUGGGCCUUAUCCUAGCUUGCUGGAGAAAAUAGAACAGGAGACCUGGCGAGAAACUGGCAUUUCGUUUGUUACCUCGGUAACGAGGCUUAUGGAGCGCCUCCUUGACUACAGAGAUUGCAUGAAAGGAGAUGAGACAGAGAACAAGAAAAUUGGCUGCACGGUCAACCUGUUGAAUUUCUACAAAUCGGAAAUCAACAAAGAGGAAAUGUACAUCCGCUACAUCCAUAAAUUGUGUGACAUGCAUCUUCAGGCAGAGAAUUACACAGAGGCAGCAUUUACACUGUUGCUGUACUGGGAGCUGCUUAAUUGGGAGGAUCGGCCGCUGAGAGAAUUCCUACAUUACCCAGCACAGAGUGAAUGGCAACGUAAGGAGGGCUUGUGUCGCAAGGUCAUCCACUACUUCAACAAGGGCAAGUGUUGGGAAUAUGGCAUCCCAUUGUGCCGUGAGCUCGCCUGCCAGUAUGAAGCCCUUUAUGACUAUCAGAGUCUCAGUUGGAUUAGGAAAAUGGAGGCUGCAUAUUAUGACAAUAUUAUGGAGCAGCAACGCCUUGAACCAGAGUUUUUUAGAGUUGGCUUCUAUGGAAGGAAGUUCCCCUUCUUUCUGAGGAAUAAAGAGUUUGUCUGCCGGGGGCAUGACUACGAGAGGCUGGAAGCAUUCCAGCAGAGGAUGCUGGGUGAAUUCCCUCAGGCUAUUGCCAUGCAGCACCCUAACCAACCGGAUGAAGCAAUCUUGCAGUGUGAUGCACAGUAUUUGCAGAUUUAUGCAGUAACUCCAAUCCCUGAAAAUAUGGACGUACUGCAACUGGACAGAGUGCCUGAUCGAAUCAAGAGUUUCUAUCGUGUCAACAAUGUACGCAGGUUCCGCUAUGACCGACCAUUCCAUAAGGGGCCAAAAGAUCGAGACAACGAGUUUAAGAGCCUCUGGAUUGAAAGAACGACGUUGAUCUUGACUCAUCCAUUGCCAGGCAUUUCCCGCUGGUUUGAGGUGGAGAAGAGAGAAGUGGUGGAAGUGAGCCCUUUGGAGAAUGCCAUCUAUGUGGUUGAGAAUAAAAAUCAUGAACUUCGGACCCUGAUCAGCCAGUACCAACACAAGCAGCUUCACGGAAACAUCAACCUUCUCAGCAUGUGUCUUAAUGGAGUGAUCGACGCGGCUGUGAAUGGCGGCAUUGCCCGAUACCAAGAGGCCUUUUUUGACAAGGAAUACAUAACCAGUCAUCCAGAAGAUGCAGAGAAAAUCACCCAAUUGAAAGAUCUCAUGCAAGAGCAGGUACACAUCCUGGGAGUCGGCUUAGCUGUACACGAGAAGCUUGUGCACCCUGAAAUGCGCCCCCUACAUAAAAAACUGAUUGAUCAGUUCCAGAUGAUGAGAAGCAGUCUGUGCCAUGGUCUCCCUGGGUUGGAGAAACUCAGCCCAGCAUGUUCAGGGUCCAGCACACCACGGGGUAACAUCCAUAUGACGUCACAUAGUCCCAUGAGCCCGGAAAGCAUGAAACUAGUCCAUAGACACAGCCCAUUGAACUUAUUGGGUUCUAUCAGGCACUCGUCUUCAUCUCUGUCAUCGCACACAUCGAGUGAGACCGGAAACCUGGUGAUUCUGACCGAUGGACUGGUAGGAGAGACAGUUGAUGACAUCUACCGUAUGCAGGCUAGCCCUUCCUCGUCUAGUCUAAGCUCCACUCACUCAGCACCAUCACAGAUGAUAAAUUCAGCUCCGUCCAGCAUCAGAGGCUCUCCCUCUCUGCCAGACAAGUACAGACACAACCGGGAGAUGGUGAUGUUGCUGCCCCCUCACCGAGAUCGGCCCAGCAGUGCAAUGUACCCAGCGAUGACUGAGAAUGGGCAGCCAACAAAUUUCCAUCGCGCUCUAAUGCAGCAGAUGAUUGGACCUUGCAAGCCUUGUAGUGAUCCAAACCUCUCAGUUGCAGAAAAAGCUGUCCCUACAGCUCCCAGCAGCUGGAGCUUAGAUAGUGGGACCAGAGAAGCUAUGCCAUUUCUCACUGCCCACGUCGGGAACAUUAUGGUGCCUCCAGUGCCACCAAGGACUUUACCACCAGGACACUUCUCGAUGCACUUUGAUGCGUUUCAUCACCAGAUCAGCGAUCUCCCUCCAGCUCUCCCUGCGCGCUGUUUAAGAAAGUCUCCACUCCACCCAAUUCCAGCCUCUCCUACGAGCCCACAGUCGGGCCUGGAUGGCAGUAACUCAACUCUUUCUGGAAGCGCCAGCAGUGGGGUAUCUUCUCUAAGUGAGAGCAACUUUGGCCAGUCCUCUGAGCCUCCUGCCCGCACCGAUACCAUGGACUCUGUUCCAAGUCAGGCUUGGAACACGGAUGAGGACAUUGAGUCCCCGUACUUACCCGUCCGUUAUAGCAUCUCGGAGCCAGAUGUCCUUGACUCGGUCAAACCUCCACCCUGUCGUAGUCAUUCAGCCCCAGGUGGGGUUACUCCACAGGAUGGCCACCACGACCCUCCUGCACUGCCCCCAAAACCAUACCUGCCUCGUGGAGAAGGGAGCAUUCCAGAAGAGGAGAUAAGACCCCGGCCAAUGCCACGUAAGAUAUCACAGCCUCUUAUGAGCAACAAAGAGGAGCAGGCCAAAGUGGCUUGGGAACACGGGAUCAAUGAGGAGUAGAGGUGGAGAGUUCAAAUGUCUGAUUGAUGAGGGGUGGGUGGAAACGGUCCAAUAGGCUUCCUCAGUCUUGAGCUCUGCAGAAUGAUCUUAGCACAACCCGACGAAGAACCUGACAGAAAGUUUUUGCAGCCACUUUUUUUUAUUAGCAAUUAGAAACUUUAACUAUCUAAUAAAGUUUAUGAAAAUUCUAAUAAUUUUGAUUGACCUUCAGUAAUAUAUAAAUAGAACUGUAUAUAGUAAUGUAAAUAUCUAAAUCUAAAAUAUGUUUUAAUUGUCAAGUUGGGUAGGUACAUUUCGAAAAGUGUUUUCCUCCAGGAAAGAUUUUUCGCAUUCAUGUUAGCUGCACAUGAAUUGUCGUUGUGGCAGAAUGAGUGCAACAUGUGCCAUCUUUACUACAGUGAAUGCAUUCUGUAGCUCAAGGAAUGAUCCAGACAUUUCUAGGACACAUUCCUUAAAACACAGGAAGCAAAACGGUUAAAUCCGAGCCAUGACUAUGUGGACCAAACCUUACUUCAGUUAGCGAUACAAGCACAUUAGGACUACACAGAUUGAUACUGUCUGGGCCAAGUGGGCUCACGCCUGACCCUUUUUACAAGCACUUGUUCCUUCUUAUAGAGAAGUCAACUUAAUGUAGAAGACAUGUUUUUUCUGUGACUGACUUUAUUUGGAUUGUGUUUAAUCUUGUAAAUCAGAAUUUUUUCCUAAAGCAUGUUAAUGUUCUUUUCUUUUCCGAGUGAUUAUAUCUGAGAAUAACAUAAAAUGGUUCUUAAUGUGAAUAUAUUUUCAAUAAAUACAUACAGCUACAUCUUCAAACCUGUACAUUUACAUAAUGUACCUUGCUGCUGUGCAUCCAGGAAAAGAUUUUUUUUUUUUUUACACUAAUGGACGAAGUCGCCAUAUACAUAAUGCAGACUCUUGUGUUUUGUACAGAUAAUCUGCUGCAUAGAGAGGGAUUAAGAAAUGAAAACAUGACUCAAGUGUUCCUGUACUUAAUUGUUUGUAAGGGAACACGAUGAAGGUGAAUUUUUCAGCUUUAAAUAAUUAUUUUGUAUUAAGUGAUGUUCUUCAGCAUUUGAAGCAUUGUACAGUAAGAAACCCCUGUCUUCUAGCGGAACCUCUGGAAAACAGGAAUCGCGUUUGAUUGAAAUGAAAGUGACUCAGGGGGGCCUAAGGUUCACAAAAUCUAGGGUCCUGAUUAGCUAUUUUAUUUUGAGUUUGAGGGCUAUAAUAUGGAAGUAAAUCCUAAAUGAGAUGACAGAAAACUUUGAAGUGAUUCCUUAUAAUAAAAUAUGCUUUAUUUAAGAGAAAUAUUGUGAGUUCAUGUUGGCUGCCAGUGCCUGUUGCACUUUCUUGAAUAGACUGUAAGAGGUUUUUUGAGUAUGGUUCAUCCCUAUAUCUUUCAUAAUUGUAUAUAGACAUAUUUUCUUUUUAAUUAUGUGCACAUUUCUGUAUACAUCUCAUUAAAUAAAAAUAACGUACAGCACAGCUAGGAAUCAGGAGACAAAGACUGUGGGCUGUAAAUGGCUGAUACCUAAAAUCACUAAUACAGUAUACUGUACAAUUAUUCAUCCAUCAGAUAUCUUUCAGAAACUGAAGGAAACACUUGGAAUUUGUUAUCUUCCCUUUUGACAAUAGAUGUCUUGCAAAUCUCCAAAGAUCAAUAAAAUAUAAUUAAGAUAUUAUUAACCUGUACUGAUUUUCUCAAAUAUUGCAGAUCCUUGCAUGGACUUAUUCUGAUUUUUUUACCUGAAGUAAAAUUGUAAAUUUAACACAUAACAUUUACGUGUAUAUGUACACAUGCACACAUAUAUACAGUAUAUGUCAUAGUCAAAGUUGAAAAUCCAUCUCCCUGCAGUGAGCCCAAGUACAGUAGCUUCUUUGUAAUGACCCUAGGAUAUUUAAAUAAAUAUUAGUUUUCUUUACAUUUAGCCAGUUAGCCUGACUUACUGUAGAAUGCCUGGGUUCACUGCAGUGUUCAGUGAGACAGAUUUGCCAAUUUGCCUAUGAGAUAUAUAGAUAUAUAUGUAUUUCCAGGGUCAACUUCAGCCAUUUAGAUGAAGUAGGUGGUCAUCUAGGGUGGCAACAUUUGGAGGGUAUUUUUUUUAGCCAAUACAGACCCUGACUUACAAACACAUAUUGUGGCCAAGGACUGUCAAAAGAGGCAACACUACCUGAAGAAGCAUCUUCCCACUGCUAUAGUCCAGCAGCCUGGGUGUAGCCACGGCUCUAGAGCCUGGCCUUGGGUCGGCUCACGGAACUGGAAGGAAAGUUUGUCAG